AGUUUUCAGUUGCACGCAGGUCGUUGAAUGGAGCGCGUGUGGAGAAGAGUACAGGGUGCUGGGCGUCGUGCUGGUGGUAGCGGCGCUGUGGGACGUUGUGGAUGUCCCACGCAGCCGUGUCAGUUGCACGUGGACCAAAGAGCCAAACGUGGCGGUGGUGGUGGCGGAGGAGGUGGUAGUGCUGCUGCACGCAAAUCAAGGGGACCACAGACUAUUGUUUGUGGAUGUCAAGUGCAGCCAUGUCCCGUGCACCCAGUUUUGAUAAGGGUUCGAAGAACUCAGCGACCUCCCUCUAGCUGCGACUGUCCACCGGAUUCCCAACCCUGUCCCCACGCUUCCCGGGUUACUGUUUCGCGCCGGGUCAGAAGAUGCGACUGCACGGAGCGUCCAUGUCGUCAUAUGUCAUCAAGCACAAGACGUCGUCCUCAGGGACUUUCGUCUAUGCUACCAUUGAAUCCAGUAGUGAGAAUUAUAAAUCCAUUGAAUUCUUGUGAAUGUCCUGAUAAAACAAAUUGCCCUCAUAUUGAUGAAGAUUGUGAGUGCGAGGCAAGACCAUGUUGUCAUACAAUAAAAACACGUCGUCCUCGUCGAUCUUGCGAUUGUCCCUCACAACCAUGUCCUCAUAAGCCAGUUGAGGGUAGAAUAAAACGUGUGAAAUGUCGUGUGAGACGUGCUGGUUGUGCAAUGGCCAGAUGCACCGCCGAACUUGCAAUGUUGCAUUUACAUUGGGAACUGGCGUCAGAAUGUGCACCGUGCAAGCCUCGAGCUUUAACAAGAAGAUUGUGUCGAAGGCAGCAAAGUGACAACGAACUUUAUCGCAGCAAUAGUUUUAAAUUCGAGCGCUUCGAAAGGAAUAAAGAUGAAUGUCCCACUCCAAUUCGAAAACAGAUUUCAUUGUGUGAAGACUACAGUUUACCAGUUGAUUUCGUCAAUAAGCGACGUCCAGUAAGUGCUGCAGCAACAACAUCCACAGUCCAAUGGGCCUUACCAAGUCCUACGAUAGAUAAAACGGAGGUGGAGGUUGUCGAGCAGUACAGUGAUCCUAGAGACAGCAAAUCCAAAGCUUACAUUGAUCCAGGCGAAGAAUCACCUUUACCCACGAUUUACAGUAAAGUAAAUCGAAACUACUGUCGACCUUACACAGAUCCAUCAGCGUCAGGAUCGUCUUGUGAGGAGAACGAAUUAGAAUUAGCGAAUAACAGAAGGCGAAAGAAUCUAAAAAACUCUACGACUUUAAGUAAAGUAUUAAAUCAGGAAAAGGACAAACAGACGAAUAGUGUCGUCGUUGAUUGCGUUGCCCUGGUUCACCUUCCGGAUCAAUCUCCAAACGAAUCAGCGCAUCCGAUUCGUCAUCCUUCCCCUUAUUACUACGGCGAUCUCUUCAGAGUUCCGGAACAACAUUCACGCACUCAGCCGAAUAAAUAUCGAAAGAGUGUGAGUCUCGAUGUACCUGAUCACUCUUCAACGACUCCGGCUCUUCAUAAAAGAAAUUCAUUAGCUGGGGAUGAAACUCCUUUGCUGCAACAAGGACAAACUUUGAUAAAUUCGACGACUACAACAACAACUGGAGAGCAUGUUCUUCCCUCAGGGAGCGAAGCAACAAACAGCGUGGUCACCGAAUGGGAUCAGUCUCUCAUGCCACCGAAUAGACUUCUGAGUCAUGAUCUAUCAACAAACGUCUGCACUUGCAUUGCUUCGCCCGAGGAGGAUGAGCUAGAAACGCCAAAGCCGCAAAUACAGCGGCAAAAGAGCAGAAAAUAUCGCCGAACUAGAAAAAUUGAUCCCCAAACGAUUCUAUUCGAAGACGAUAACGAUCAGGAAGGUGAGGACGAGGACGAAGAAGAAGAAGAGGAGGAGGAGGGUGACGAAGAGAUGGCAAGACAACGUCAACUCUAUGAGACUGCAUUCGACUGCAAAAUCAGCAGAUCGGAUGAUGAUCUCGACGAUCUUGAUCGGGUGACAAAUCAUCCUGUUUUGCAUUCACAAAUGCGAACCAGUAAUACAGUGCCAUUAUCCAGAGCAAGUUCAUUAACAGAAUCGUCCAAACAGUCGCAAGUUCCUCAUUCCGGUUCUCAGGCAAAUAAGGACCAUCGUCGUAAAGUAGUGAUCCUCCGCCCAAAGCCAAUACCGAGUCAUCUAAAUCAUCAGCAAUCGGACACUUUGUCCCAGGACAUUGAAUCCCUCCAAAUAAAUUCAAGUGACGAGAAGACUGGCUCCCCAAGAUUACCGACUCGUGGCUACACUCCAUCGCCGCCGUCCACGGCGCCUUUGCCCGCUAAAUUCCACGGAAACAGAGAUAAUCUCUUACUAAACAUACGUAGCGCACCCAAUUUGCCUUCUCAACCUGACCAUCCGAGAUUAAAAGACAUGAAAUUACCGAUUAAGUCACUAAGAGCAAAGGACACAUCCCAAAGUAACGAAAGCAGUAUUCUAGAAAUCAAAAGCCGACCAAAGAGUUUCGUUUCCGAGUCCACCGAUUCGCAGAACCGUCGCUUUGGAAAGGAUUUGAUUUUAGAAUUCAAGGGCAGGCCUAGAGAAGAAAGACAGCGUCCGCGAAGUCUAAUUCGCGAAAGCAAACCCAUAAUGGAAUUUAAGGGAAGGCCCCAUGAGUCGGAGACCGACGCUCCUAAACCUAGAAGCGAACAAGGUUUACUAGAAUUUAAACUAAGGAAUAACAGACGAAGACCUGGUUAUUCGAGUACUGAAAGCAUGGCCACGAGUAGUAGCGGUGGCAGUAUGGAAUCUUUGCGAAGCAGCACUAGCGAAGGAAAUAGAUCAACAAGCAGCUCCGAAAGUCACCACAGCACUAGUCUCAGUUCCCACAGUUCAGACAGUGGCACUACAAAUUGCUUCCACCAUCACCACCACCAUCAUCAUCAUCACCAUCAACAACCGAAUCUCUCCGGCUUUCUCACACACCACACAAAUAAACUACACAUCCUCUCCCCCAUUUCCGACAAAUCAUCCCAAGAACCAGCCUCUGAGACAUCGGACAACAACCGAAAUAACAAUUCCCAAAAAGCAUCACCCGAGGAUGUAAUUACGGAAAUUGUCACAAAUACCAAUGCCACAACACCCACUGAUACAUCAUUCAAGAAACGAAGAACGCCACAAAAUAAAAAUCUUAUUAAUCUCGCACUUCAAUCAUCGUCAUCAGGUGAUGCAGAAAUACAGGGAUCGGAUAGCGGAAUUUCGAUAGAGUCACGAACUGGAAUCAAGUGUAAGCCGUUUGGCUUUCAUGUACCAAAACCUCAAUUGGAUAACAUCAAUUUAGUUGAUAAUGAAACUGAAUUAUCGGAUUUGCCUUUUGACAUGCCAAAGCUCCGUCGGAGGAGAUUACUUAUGCAACAGGACGCCACAACUUCCGGUAGUGCUACUAGUGUUGAUUUAAGAGAUUUGCCAUUUGAUAUGCCUAAACUUAGGAGAAGAUUGAGAUGCACACAGAGCAAUGAGUCAAGUGCAUCGCAAGCUUCGUCCAGUUUGUCUGUUCGAGACUUGGAACCACCAUCUGCAUUUGGCGGCGGCAUGGCGAGACCGAAGAUGACUCUGAAUUUGGAUGGCAGUGGAAAUGGGGUCGGAAACAUUUUUGGAGUAGGAGAAAUGAAUCAGCUUGGAUCAAAGAAACCUGGAGGAUUAAGUCUUGGACUUCCUUUGGAGUUCACUGCGUCGAGAGGUGCAGCUGAUCUUGUUGAUGUUGAUCUUCCAUUAGAGCGACAAGGAUGGUAUCAUGGAUCUAUAACACGAAUUGAAGCUGAAGCAGUUCUUCGAUUGUUACGUGAGGGAAGCUAUCUUGUGAGGAACAGCGAAUCGACAAAGCAAGAUUAUUCCCUAUCUUUAAAGAGUGCUAGAGGUUUUAUGCAUAUGCGAAUUCAGCGACACGAGGAUUUAAAUGCCUUUAUUCUUGGACAAUUCAGCAAACCAUUUGAUACAAUACCGGAAAUGGUUCGUCAUUUUAGCGUGAACCGUCUUCCAAUUCGUGGGGCUGAACACAUGUGUCUUCUACAUCCAGUAAUAGCGCAACUAUUAUAGCGCAACUAUCGCAGCGCUCUCUAAAAAGCGCUAAAACAAAAAAAAUUUUUCCUUUUUAUCAAUGAACAAUUCACCUUUCUAAUUAUCCUUUAAUUUUCUUUUUUCUUUUUGCAAAUUUUGAAACAAACACCCGAUUUUUAAAUAAUAGUUUCAAAUUUAUAUUCUAUUUUAAAAAGCAAAAUCGCAGGUUACAAAAAAAAGAAAACAAAAGUGGCCUGAACAAUAGGACAAUAAUUUAAUUCCACGCAUAUAUUUAAAGAAAAAAAAAAGAACAUGAUACUUAAUUUGUGAGCAGUAGAUUAUGAAAAUAAUUUUAUUCAAAUAUUUUUUUUUUGAGAUAUUUUUUUGAAAAGAACUAUUUUCAAUAUAUAUAUAGGUUUAUAUAAAUGAAAAUCUAUUCUAAAUUUCGUUUCUUAUCUGCUCGCUCAUUACUCAUUUUUUCUUAACGUAUUGACAAAUUUUUGAAAUUUUCUCUCAAAUGAAGGGGCAAAAUUUGAAAAUUCGUCACUGGUUAAUAAAAAACAACCACACUUAUUGUCUUCCUUGGCAAAAAUAGAACGAAACAGCUACCUCCGAAAACUAAUUUUUGAAUCGUGAAUUUUUCCGAUGAUUCGAAGGUGGAUUGGUUGUUUGUUUCAGUAGAUUUAUUUUUAAGAGCAGAUAGUUAAGUUGUAAAUAAAAAAAAAGAAAAAUGUUAAUCAGGGUGAGAAUGUAAUGUUUCAAAAUGAAAAACCCCGAUUGUAGUUUAAAAAAAGGAAACAAUUUUUGUCGUUCUAAAUCUAGUUACAAAAAAAGUUGUAUCUAAAAAUAAAAUUGUUUCUCCUUUGGCAAAUCGACUUAAAAAUUGUUAUCCAAAAAAAAUAUGAAUUUCUUUCAAUAAACAAAAAUGUCAAGAAAGAAAUGUUUGAUUUUAAAAAUCGGAUAUUUUCAAUUUGAAAAUAUAGAAAUAAAAAAAAAAUGUGUGUAAAAAUGAUUCGAUAAAUAACGAGAAAAAUGCCAAAUGCUACUUCUAAUCAUAAUCAUAUAGUCAAAAAAAAACACUUAGCGUUUAUUGCUAUAGUGAUAGAAUAAACGUAAAUUAAUCAAUCAAGAGCAUUAGCAUUUGAUUCGUGUUUUAUUUUUUGCCGAUAAGCGAAAUUAAAGAAGAAGAAGAAAAAAUUGUCCAAUUUAAUGCAAAUGUCCAAUAUUAAUUUCGCUUAUCAUUAUUAAUUUUUGAUGACCUAAGUCAUCCGUCCGAAUGUUUAAAAAAAAAGAGGAGAAUUCUCGAGGGCAACUGAUACAUAUUUUUUCAUGUGAUAUUAAUUUGUUACAGAGGUAAAGCCUAGUUUCACCUGUGAUCUGUUAUUCCAUUAUUAAAA